AUGAGUCUGAAGGUAAGUGCUCCUAUCAAUAUAUCUCUAAAACAUAUUUAUUUUUAGCUUGUUCAUCAAGUUGACCCAGCCGAUCAUGGUAGCUCUAGCAUUUUUUUCCGCUGGCAUCCCAGUAGCAAAGCGUUCGCAGUGGCGUGGUAGGGAUACACUCGAAAAAUGCAUCAAAACAAUAAUAAUUUUCAGUCAAAACAGAUCUGUUUUGUUCUAUAACUCGAAUUGCACCGUUGUUAGAAGAAACGAGAUCGACGAGUGAGUAGAACCUCUUAGAUUUUUCCAAUAUUCACUUUCUAAUUGCAGAGAUAUCGCCAACAUAGCAUGGGACAAAGAAGGAAGCAUUCUAGCGAUUUCGGUGAAGAAUAUUAGCAGGGUCUACAUCUGGCAUGUCUACAAAAACCGCACGGACACGAUGGAAAGUCACUUGUGUGGCAUGGAGUAAGUGCAUACAUACAUUGAUCAUGAUUUCAAGUUUAUUAUGAUUUUCAGAGAAGUCCCGAAGUGUUUUGCCUGGUCUUCGGGUUCCCCGGCUUUGUCAAUAGGAAACGACAUCGGAUUCAUCUGUGUGUUCGAUUCGACAAAAGGGAAAAGACAAAUGCUGGCGGACAUCCACAACAAAGCGAUCACCGGCCUGAAAUUCAUUCCGAAUAACCUGCUCGCCGCGUGUAGUGAGGACAACGUUCUGGCCAUUUAUAAGCAGAACGACCUAGAACAGUGGCAGAUAGAAAGUGCCACGAAGCUGGCGGGAACCCCAUCACAACUGGAAUGCAGCUACUUGAACCACGGGGAGAAUUCGCCAAGACUUGUGGUCAGUGUGCUGCUUAACAAGGAUUCGCUGUUUGUAGCAGCAGCAGAUGAUCUAACAGAAUGUCGAGUAACCAAGUUCCCCGAGUUCUAUGGCCCUGUGGUCAGUUAUUCGUGGCUCCAAGACCGUGCCAUUCUUGUCUCCUUUGAAAAUGGUUACGUGAUUAUGAUAUCUACCAAGCCUGCAACGUGGGGAGCCGCUCUCAAACGUUUUCCGGAGUUUGAGUCUGGACUAUUGGGAAUGGUUGUCGAUCAGUGCCACAGACACUGUUUCUCGAUCAAUGAGAAAUCCGUGAAAAUCCGAAAACUGGACAAACCAGAUGAAGUUGCACCGCUGACAAUGAUCGAGACUUUAGCAGGUAAGACAUUUGGAUCACUUACAGAACCAUAUUUCAAUUAUUAUUUUCAGGUCUUGACAACAUUGUGAUCACCAGGGACCAGAAAUUGCUUUCCGUUUCUGAUAAGCAAGGAGCAGUUUGGAUCUACGAGAUUGAGGUUCCGCCACGUCCUCGUGCCCCCAAUUUCAACGAAAAUCCUGCCCAAGGAAAAGUCUGA